CAUUGAUCGCGGCGAUCGGGCCAGGCGAACAGCGCUGCUAUUGUAAGAGGGCUUUGGGGUCAACGUUUGGUCAACGUAAUGGUCAAUGGUGGUCAAUGCCACGUUUCUAUUUUGCUUGAAGGCCCACAUCGACACUGACAAGGCUCUCCAGGAGGAGCUCAAGGGCGUGCUCGAUCGGGAAGAUCCAGCGCUUGUUUUAGCUGCGACGCAUCGACCAAUUCUUGUGCUGCUGAGGAUCGCCGAGACGAUUGGAGCGUGCCAGGGGAUGAGCGCUCACAACAAGGCGAUCAUGGAUCUCAAUACCACGCAGCUCCACGACAAUCUUGGCGCCUGCGAACGCAUUCUACGAACUCCAAUUCCGCCAUCUUACUCGCACCUCACUUCCAGGAUGCUCAUCAUUUGGCACCUCACGCUGGCGCUGGCGCUGUGGGAUUUCUGCCACUGGCUCACCAUUCCGGCCACGGGAUUUAGCGCCACUGCACUCUUUUGCAUCGACGAGGUAUGGAUUUCUACGCUCUUAACGGUAGGAGUGAUAAUCGAAGAGCCUUUCUCAAUCCUUCCUCUGGGAAGCAUUUGCGAGCUGGUCCAGAAAAAUGUGGCUGAAAUGAUUGAAGCUCACGAAGUGCGUAGUCGAAGUUUUCAGCCUGACAUACAUAGCUGGCAUGAUGUGCCUUUUCAACCUCAUCUAGAAGGCUGGCAGACUUGACAGAAGAAGGAAGAACAAGAACUUUCAUGGAAGAUUUGUGGAAGCGUUAACACUUUAU